GAAAACAGCACAAACUUUGAAGUAGUGGAACAGACAUAUAGGAGGAACCCAAUCUUGCGAUACACCCAGCACCCAUUGCAUUCCCCAUUGCUCCCACUACCAUAUGGAGAUGUUAGUGUCAACUUGCAACAAGAGAAGGGUUACAGCAGCUUACAGGAUGAAGCAGUGAAGAUCUUUAACUCCCUUCAGGAAAUUGAGACAGUGUCUGACCCCAUACCCAUUAUCCAAGGCAUUCUGCAGACCUGCCAUGAUUUAAAGCCCCUUCGUGAUGAAGUGUACUGUCAGCUUAUCAAGCAAACUAACCACAUGCCGCAUCCCAACAGUAUUGGGAACCUGCACCACUGGCAGCUGAUGUCAUGUAUGAGCUGCACUUUUCUGCCUAGUAGAGGAAUCCUGCGCUACCUCAAGUUCCACCUUAGAAGGGUAAAAGACCUCUUUCCAGGCUCAGAAAUAGACAAGUAUGCGCAAUUCAUAAGUGAUUCCCUGAAGAGAACGAAGACAAGGGAGUUUGUGCCCUCCCAGGAGGAAAUACAGGCUCUUCUCACCCGUGAAGAAAUGACCACAACAGUGUACUGCCAUGGCGGUGGCUCCUGUAAAAUAACCAUCAAUUCCCACACGAGUGCUGGGGAGGUGGUUGAAAAGCUGAUCCGAGGUUUAGCAAUGGAAGACAGCCGUAACAUGUUUGCACUCUUUGAACAUAAUCAGCAGGUGGACCGGGCUGUUGAGAGUCGGGUGAUCGUGGCUGAUAUCUUGGCCAAGUUUGAGAGACUUGCUGGGUCUGAAGAAGAAGAGGAAGAAGGACAGUGGCAGCUGUAUUUUAAGCUUUAUUGUUUCUUAGAUGUUGAGAAUGUUCCCAAAGAUGGGGUGGAGUUUGCCUUCAUGUUUGAGCAGGCUCAUGAAAGCCUCAUAGAUGGUCAUUUUCCUGCACCAGAGGACACUCUGCAGCGCCUAGCAGCUCUACGGCUGCAGUAUCUUCAUGGAGAUUAUUCUAAAAUAAGUUGGACCCUUGAUGGAAUCUACCCAGUUAACAGGUUAAAAUCCAAAAUACUGCACUCAACAAAGAGCAGUGGCACUACCAGUCAUACUCUGGAGAGGAGACGGACCAGCUUCCUUGAAGGGACAUUGAAACGUAGCUUCAAGACAGGCUCUGUAAAGAAGCAGAAGGUAGAAGAGGAGCAGAUGAUGGAGAUGUGGGUAAAGGAAGAGCUUUCAGCUGCUCGGGCAAGCAUAGCACAGAAAUGGACCAAGAUGCAGGGACUCUCUCAGCAUCAGGCCAUGGUGAAAUACAUGUCCAUUAUAAAGGAGUGGCCAGGUUAUGGGUCAACUCUCUUCGAUGUUGAGUGCAAGGAGGGUGGAUUCCCAAAUGAUCUUUGGCUUGGAGUCAGCACUGAGAAUGUGUCUGUCUACAAACGAGGGGAUCCUAAACCACUAGAAACUUUUCAAUAUGAGCACAUUGUUUUCUUCGGAGCACCGCAGCCUAACACCUUCAAAAUUACAGUGGAUGAGAGAGAAAUGUUCUUUGAAACAUCCCAGGUGGGUGAGAUAAUAAAGACCAUGAAAGCAUACAUCAACAUGAUCGUGAAGAAACGCUGCAGCGUCAAAUCAGCCACUAGUGUGGACAGUCAUGCGAGCAUCUGGACUAGGUGAUACGAAUGAACUGCCACACAUGAGAGGCAGUUGUUUGAUGGUUAGUAUUUGCAACUUGCCAGCACAAGUGUAGCAAAGAUGUUUUUUAAAAACUCCACUUGAUUGACUACUGUAUUUCAGAACUGAAGUGACAUCUACAGAACCAUAGGAUUUGCACCUCUGCCCAAGGACAAUAAACAGUAACAACUGUUGCUAAAUAUUAAUGACCCAAAACUUGUUUUCCCUUUGCUUGUCUGAUGAACAAUAUACCUUAAAGCAGCAAAGUCAGAAGCA